AUGGAUAUUGCAGAACAAGCAGCUGAGAUCAGAAGCAACUGGAUCUUCUUUGUUUCUGCUGACCCAGUUCUUCUACGAGGCUGUCUUCUUGCGGCAUGUCGAUACUUGGCUCAGGUUGAGCUCCGUAAUGACCUUCGGAAGGGACUUUCAUCGCGGACUCUUCCGUCGCGUCGGAAUGCGGUUGCAAUGACCACGGUUCUAGCGCUUGACGAGAUUACCUGUGGAGAUCACCUUGUCGCUGCAAAACAUGUACUGGGCGCCAUGAAGAUGGUUGAAGACGCCGGUGGGCUCGAAUGUCUUGGGCUGAAUCAUCUUGUCCGCUAUGUCCUCUACAACCUCAUGUUCGGCAAGCGACUAUCAGAAUGGGAUAUGGAUCUACAACUGGCCUCAACACUCAUGACGCCAGACUCAAUACUGCCCUAA